AUGGCAGAAGUAGCCGACUUCACUUUGAUAGAUAGCUAUACACUUGGUUACAAAGCUUAUCAUAAUGCAACGGAUCAGCAACAAAACAACCUCGCUUGUCUACAGCAACACAUUCCAACUGCAUUACAAAGGCUACAACUUGGCAAAGACAAACCGAGGUUCAGCAUACUCAGUAUUGGAGCUGGUGAUGGAUUUAUUGAUCAGGAAAUACUGAAGAUUGUGCAAGAAGGAUAUCUGAAUGCAGGCGACAAACAGUUGCAAGAAGUUGAAAUCCUGAAUACAGCAAUUGAACCAAAUACUGCGUUCCUUGGCCAAUACAAAGAAUCCAUUGAAAGGCCAUCUGACGAGACAAAAGGUCCUUCAAAUCAAAGGUCAGUUCAGUUUGAUCUCAAACCGAUGUCAUUUGAGGAAUACGCAAAGAGUAAACACGAUCAAAACCAGUAUGACCUGGUCCAAGCCAUACACAGUCUAUACUAUGUGGAGAGCAUGGAGUCUACAUUGAAGCAUUGCUAUCACAACGAACUGGGAGAGAAAGGAUUAAUUGUAUGCCUGCUUGGAGACAAUUCCAAUUUACCAGCAGUAACAGGUAAAAUCUUAGAGAAAUUUCGUUCUGAACGCCAAGGAAAGCUCUGCAGGAAUAAUGCAGCUGCAAACUUCAUACACUUUGCCGAAAAGAAUUCAAUGAAGUAUGAAAAGGUGGUUGUUCCUUUCUCGGUUGACGUGACAAGCGUUUUCGAUGAAAGUUCUGAGGAAGGAGGUCAUCUGCUUGACUUUUGUACACAUGAAGUGAACUAUCGUCAAACAGCCGACCCAGAUGAGGUCAAGGAGGUUUUGAAGAAGAUACAAGACAUCUCUACUGAAGAAGAUGAUGGAAGGAUGAUUGUGAGUGGAACUAACGAACUUAUAUUGGUUUAUAAAACUUCAUAA